CACGACUUAACUUUUUUUGUACACACACGACGUACACACACAAAACACCAAGAGCUCAGUUCGGUACUUUUUAACGAGUGCUUGUCGCAAUAAACCGGAAACUCAACUCAAAACUCCACACAUUUUCGUCGGGAAUUCGUUCACACCACGGCCCGAGAAUCGCCUGGAAUUUACUUGCGGACACCGCCGCACUCAUGGUUGACCAAAGAGGCAGAUUGUCGUGAGAAGAGGAGGGUCAAGAUGGGACGAAAACUCGGACCGGAUUUUAAGAUGCCCCGUUUGGAUUUGAUACUGGUGGUGGUGCUUAUCAACACCGUGCUGCAGUGUACGACCGUUGUUCGAGCUUCGUGUGGGCCCGACACGUGUCUUAACGGUGGUGCCUGUGUCGCCAACCCUGGAAGUGUAUCCCAAUGCCAAUGUCCCGACACUCACUUUGGCGCUAGCUGCGAGUAUGACAACCCUUGCCGCCACAAUCGUUGCCUGAACGGAGGCACCUGCCAAAUAGUGGAGCCUACAGAUGGCGAUUCCCAGCCCACUUUCUCCUGCCUGUGCGACGUGGGCUGGACCAACUCCCUGUGUGAGCUGGAGUUGUCCAACGUCUGCAGGGACGAGCAGCCCUGCCAGAACGGCGGCCGCUGCAACCUGCGGGGCUCGGUGGACGACUACACCUGUGCAUGCAGUGAGGGCUUUACAGGAAGAAACUGUACCAUGACUGACCACUGCGUGGGGAACCCUUGCAAGAACGGGGCCACCUGCAACUCACACGCCACAGGCUACAACUGCAGCUGCACCAUCUACUACCGGGGCACGCACUGCGACAUCGACAUCAACGAGUGCACGGCCGAGGUGACGGCCUGCCACAACGGCGGCACCUGCGGGAAUCUGGUUGGCUCUUUCAUCUGUACCUGCUCGCAGGGCUACACGGGUCGGCGCUGCGAGUCCAUCUAUACCCCAUGCCGGCCCAAUCCCUGCCGGAACGGGGGCGAGUGCAACCCAUUGGGCAUGUACUCCCAUGAGUGCAUCUGUCCUGCAGGUUACACUGGGACUCAGUGCGAAACCAACAUCGACGAUUGCAUCAUGCAUCAGUGCACGAAUGGAGGAUUAUGCAUCGAUGGUAUUGACUCCUACACCUGCAGUUGCGCCCCGGAAUACACAGGCGAGCUUUGCACAGACGACGUGGACGAGUGCACGCUGCAGCCAAACCUGUGCAGGAAUGGCGCCACCUGCCGCAACAACGCCCCAGGCUACCAGUGCAUGUGCGUCUACGGCUUUGAGGGGGAUCACUGCGAGCACGAUGUGGACGCCUGUGAAACGACUCCUUGCGAAAAUGGCGCCACAUGUGAAGAUGCCGUGGCCAGCUUCAGGUGCAUCUGUGCUGCUGGCUACACUGGAUUGUAUUGUCAUCUUGAGGAUGCCUGCAUCAGCAGCCCCUGUGCUGCCUCAUCCACCUGUGACACCAACCCUGGCACCGGUGACGCUGUCUGUCACUGUCCCGGCGGUCUUACAGGGAGCGACUGCUCAAUUGAUAUCGACGAGUGCGAGUAUGGUUACACUGGGACUCAGUGCGAAACCAACAUCGACGAUUGCAUCAUGCAUCAGUGCACGAAUGGAGGAUUAUGCAUCGAUGGUAUUGACUCCUACACCUGCAGUUGCGCCCCGGAAUACACAGGCGAGCUUUGCACAGACGACGUGGACGAGUGCACGCUGCAGCCAAACCUGUGCAGGAAUGGCGCCACCUGCCGCAACAACGCCCCAGGCUACCAGUGCAUGUGCGUCUACGGCUUUGAGGGGGAUCACUGCGAGCACGAUGUGGACGCCUGUGAAACGACUCCUUGCGAAAAUGGCGCCACAUGUGAAGAUGCCGUGGCCAGCUUCAGGUGCAUCUGUGCUGCUGGCUACACUGGAUUGUAUUGUCAUCUUGAGGAUGCCUGCAUCAGCAGCCCCUGUGCUGCCUCAUCCACCUGUGACACCAACCCUGGCACCGGUGAUGCUGUCUGUCACUGUCCCGGCGGUCUUACAGGGAGCGACUGCUCAAUUGAUAUCGACGAGUGCGAGUAUGAUCCCUGCGAAAGUGGACAUGGCAGUGAGUGCGUCAAUACCGUGGGAGCUUUUUACUGCAACUGCGCACCCGGUUACAGCGGGUUGCGCUGUGAGGUGGACAUCGACGAGUGUGCAUCCACUCCUUGCGUCAAUGGGGGCACCUGCCUCAACCUGGCCGGGAUGUUCAAUUGCGUCUGUGUCAGAGGCUACACAGGUGUCUACUGCGAAACCGACAUCGAUGAGUGCGCGAGUAACCCUUGCCUAAACGACGGUUUCUGCCUGAACAAGGUGGGCCGGUAUCAGUGCAACUGUCUGGAAGGUUACACCGGGGCCCGCUGCGAGGCGAACAUCAAUGAGUGCCUCUCGGACCCCUGCCAGAACGGGGGAACGUGCCUAGACGGUGCCAAUCAGUACACAUGCAGUUGUCUACCAGGCUACACUGGCGUGGACUGCGAGACUGACUACGACGAUUGCCAGCACGACUCCUGCUUCAACGGCCGCUGCCAGGAUGCCCUCAACGGCUUCACCUGCAUCUGCAACUUGGGCUACGAGGGCCGGCUGUGCGAGAACCAGAUUGACGAGUGCCUGGACGAGCCCUGCCAGAACGGCGGGACCUGCAUCGGCCUGGUUGGGGCCUACCAGUGCGUCUGUGCCCCAGGGACCACUGGUGCCACUUGUUCCAUAAACACUUACGAGUGCUCGUCCAACCCAUGUCAGAAUGGUGGAUUGUGUAACGAUUUAAUCAACGGAUAUGAAUGCGAGUGUCUGGCAGGUUAUGAGGGACUACUCUGUGAGGUCAACAUAGACGAGUGUGCCUCCAACCCUUGCGCCAACGGGGGCACCUGCCACGACGACAUCAACAAGUUCAUCUGCACCUGCCCCUCGGGCUACCACGACGCCCUCUGCUUUUCAAGCAUUAACGAGUGUGAGAGCUCGCCCUGCUCAAACGGCGGCACCUGCCAGGACGGCGUCAAUGAGUACGCCUGCGAGUGCGUGCGGGGCUACGGCGGGCCCCGCUGCAAUGCCGACAUCGACGAGUGCGCCUCCAACCCCUGUCAGCACGGCGGCCGCUGCGCCAGCGGCCUGGACUACUACGUCUGCGAGUGUCCCGAGGGCUACGCGGGCACCAACUGCGAGAGCAACGUCGACGACUGCGUGGGGUACCCUUGCCGCAACAACGGGACCUGCAUCGACGCGGUCAACUCGUUUGAGUGCGUCUGCAUCCCGCCGUAUACCGGGGAGGUUUGCGAGGACCUGCUGCAACCUUGCGAGAACCACCGAUGUGAGAACGGUGCUACAUGCGAACCGUUCCCCAGUUACAAUGGAUACUCCUGCAGCUGUCCAAAUGGCUACACAGGUGAAUUCUGCAACCGAGAUAUUGACGAGUGCGGUGAGUACCCGCCCUGCCACAACGGUGCAAUCUGCAACAACACCUUUGGUUCCUAUGAGUGCAUCUGUCCCCCAGGAUUCGGCGGUCAGGACUGCAUAACCAACAUCGAUGAAUGCGAGUCUGACCCUUGCCAGAACGGCGCGGCCUGCUUUGACAAGACCAACGACUACACCUGCGCGUGCCUGCCGGGCUUUACGGGCAAGAACUGCGAGACGGACACAGACGAGUGUGAGUCCAUCCCGUGCCGGAACGGCGCCACCUGCCAUGACUACGUCUCCAGCUUCACCUGCGCCUGCACGCUGGGUUACAGCGGAGUCUACUGCCAGACCAACGACAUGGACUGCACUGAGAGCUCUUGUCUGUAUGGAGGUACAUGCAUCGAUGGAGUCAAUGAAUACACCUGUCACUGCACACCUGGCCACGUCGGCCCCAACUGCCAAUACCAGGUGGACGAGUGCAGCUCCAACCUCUGCCAGAACGGGGCCACCUGCGUGGACCAUACAGGCUACUACACCUGCAACUGUGUGCUGGGCUACCUUGGGGAGAACUGCCAGGAUCUGGUUGACUGGUGCAGCGCUGAAAUCAACCCCUGCUCCAAUGGGGCCACCUGCACGCAGACCGACAACCGGUAUACGUGCACAUGUGAGGGCGCCUGGGCCGGUUCCCUGUGCGACGUCCACCAAGUGUCCUGCGACGUCGCCGCGUCAGAAAAAGGCGUGACAGUAGAGAACCUGUGCCUCAAUGGCGGCACCUGCCAGACCCACGGCAACAGCCACAUAUGCCAGUGCCUGCCCGGUUUCCGGGGAAGCUACUGUGAGACCAACAUACGGGAGUGUGCGUCGGCGCCCUGUCAGAAUGGGGGGACCUGCCGUGACGGAGUUAAUGAGUACAGCUGUUCCUGUGUGGCAGGCUUUGAGGGACUGAACUGCGAGAACAACGUGGACGAGUGCGCCAGCUCUCCGUGCAUGCACGGCGGCGUCUGCCACGACCUGGUCAAUUCCUACAGCUGCUCCUGCAAGUCUGGCACUGAAGGCAUAAACUGCCAGAUCAACAACAACGACUGCUUCUCGGGGGCGUGCUUCCACGACGGCACCUGCCGGGACCUGAUCGGCAGCUUCACCUGCGACUGCCCGGCAGGCUACGUCGGCCAGCGCUGCGAGGGCGACAUCAACGAGUGUCUGAGCAUGCCCUGCCACCCGGCGGGAACCUCCAGCUGCAUCCAGAAAGUCAACGACUUUGAGUGCGUCUGCAAUCUGGGCUACGAAGGGCGGCAGUGUGAAACGCAGGUGCGCUACUGUGAUUCCAACCCUUGCCAGAAUGAAGGUACAUGCACCAUCACUAGGAGCGGAUUCCAUUGCCAGUGCACACAGGACUUUAAAGGGAACAUCUGCGGGGAACCGGUGACCAUGUGUGAUACCAACCCUUGCCAGAACUCGGGCCCCUGAGGCUAUGCGCGACACUCCCCCAACAACUUGUGCUGUGGGUGUGCUUGCCAUUGGUCGUUCGACCUGCCUCUGCUUGGACACAGGGGAAGUCAAGGUGUUGACUCCAGGUACCAGACCUGUGGCCAUGGUCGUGCUCGUCUGCUUCAUUGCCCGAGCUGCUGGAAACAACUGCGAAGACGGCCGGUUAUUAAAUUCGUGAUUUGCCAUUUUUACCCUCCCGAGUUCCCCCUACAAAUUCCUAUUUCUUGCUCUAUAGUUACGCAGUUACUCACAAAUACUCAUUUCUUUUGCAGAGCGGAGCUUGGUGCAGUAUUUCAAAUGUCGCAUUUUCUGAAGAUGUCUGCAGCCCAGGUUUCCUCUAAACAUACAGCUGGUACCCGACACGCGCUACGUUGAAACCCGUACCCGUGCGUACUCCGCUCUCCGGGUACCAGUACAGUACGAUCGCGAAGAGCCGUUCAACGGCAGAGGGCGGUAUGCUUAUUUAGUGGAACCAGUUCUUUAUGUCUAUGCAUACCAUAGCCAUAUAAUAAAACCAUGUUUAGUUUCUGGAGCCAAAUUGAAAAGCCAGGUAAUACUACCCCAAAAUCAAAACAUUGCAACGUCAAAGGGAUCAAUUAACCAUCUAGCUUUAUUUUCAUUGCAGUUUGGUGUUGCUUUUUUCCCCCUGAAAAACGAGGUUAAACACAAAUGAUCCUUCACGGUGCAUUUAUUAGUGUCGCGUCUUAUACUAGUAUACCGCCCUCUAGCUAGCCCUGUCGGCCCAUGUGCUUAUUUAAACCUCACUUUAACCUCCCCUAACUCUUCCCAUCCGAGGGUUUUAAAUACAGUACAUACACUUGUUCUUAGAAGAAAAAGUAACAAAAUCAUCGUAAAAAUCAACAAGAAUCUUUAACUUGCGUCAAAAUUGAAUCAUUUCACUUCUCGAAAGUGAAAACGGGCGCUCUGGAAAACAAAUUAUAUUUUCUCCUGCCGUUAUGGUAAAAAUCUCCGGACAUGCUCAUAGCGGGAAUAGGCGGGGGUCGUGAGCGGUCCUGCACUGCAGGGUUUCAAUUGGUGAAACCUGUCGACCUCGUCACGCGACCGCUGCAGGUUGCUUAUUUUGCAAGAGGCACGCGUCUAUUUUGUCACUAAUACACGCACGCGGUAACCUCGUCAACUUUUUCCCCGAGUCAACUGAUUAUUUGUUCUUUCCCGCCAGAAGUUGGGAAACAGAAUCAUCCCAGUUUUAUACGGGAGGGAUGGGGUACGUCCUGGGUACGUGUGACCAUUGUAAUAUCAUUUUAUGUAAAGGUAGUGGUUAGUUUUUGGUGCUUUUGUUUUAAAGUUCGCCUACCCGCGAGUUCUUUUCGAAAGCCGUGACCAGUGCAGUUCUGGACAGACCAUGUCUCUCUAUUUUGGGGUCCGGUUGCAGUUGGGAGGGGAGGGGGGGGGGGGGGUAAUAAGUAAAAUGAAAAAAAGUGUAGCUCUAUUUAAAAAUUCUUCCAACCUCCAACCCCCGGGCCACACCUUUAAUUCACCAACCCAUGGCCCCGCCCACCUGAAAAUAGUUGAAUUUCUUUUUAUUGUAUACUCAUUUUUUCCCCCAACUUAUCUUUUGUUUUGUUCAAGGCUAUUAUUUUGGCUGAUACUGUUUCAGAUAUAUGAACCCCAUAUAUUCCUAAUUCCCCAUUCCAUCAUUUUAGCAACUGUAAAAAAAAAUCAACUGUGGAACGACUGUGAGAACUCUACCCUGACCAAGCAAUAUAAUGUCAGCAAGGUCAUGGGCAAUUAUGCGAGGAAUGCAGCCCAGCUCGGUUAUAACAACAAUCACCCAGUGGGUAAACGAUUGUUCUGGACGCAAGUUCUAUCCAAAAUUAAACAGCAUGACUGACAUGACAAAUUGUGAUUUGCCAUACUUCCAUCUGCUAUGCUUGUUUAUGGAGUGGGCGAUUCAACGUAAAACCAAACUUUGUGUAAAGUCCCAGGUUUUUCCGACCGUGAUCUUAGGAGUUUGGGACGCUCACCAAGCUGGUGCAGGGGGAUACACAAGGCGGGAGGAAGACCUCUCAAUUGAAAAAAAAAAAACCCACAUCGUUGUGAUCAUAGAAUGUUAAUCAUAGAAUGUAUUUCGAAAGAUGAGUUUAAUAUUUUAUUUACUUUAUUUCUGGUCACGACACCAAGGAUUCCUCGACAGUGCCCUAGGUACUGUAGCUCGAAAGCCUCAAGAAACCUGUAUAGAGACAAUGAGAAGAAAUUACAGUUUUAGAGGUAAGCGGAAGAGUCCAGAAGAAUAUUCUGAGGAAAACCCGGUACAGGUAGGGAUCCACCUAUUGGCCAGGGCGGGUGGGAUUCGAACCCGGGUGACAGCGGUGGAAGGCGAGGAAAGUACCGCUACGCCAAACCUGACUCCUGUCAAUUCGUAUGACUUCCUUGUUGGGAUGCAAGCCUUGAAUAAACCAAUUAGGUUUGCGAGGAAGGGCAGAUGUCAUCAUCCAAACUCGUCAAACUAUCGAUAUAAAUAUUAUGACGAAAUUGACAACUCAGCAUAGAACAAUAUAUGCCAGUUGCAUUUUAAAAUGUAACCACAAUCAUCCUUACUAUAUAUAUUGUUUUCAAUUAUCUAGUAAACUGGUACCGGUACUUCCUUAGAUUUUACAUGUAUUUUCAAAACGCGAUACACGCCAUUUUUUUUACUUUGUACUUGUAGAGUCCGCUCUCCUCCGGCUGGCCAAAGUUAAUUUCGAUGACUGUUAUGUAACGGUAGUUAAAUAUAAUUUAAGAAUACAAUAAAGCGAAAAUUAACAUCAGAAAAAGUUGUAAUAUUUUUUUUUAUUCAUUAAAUUGUUUAUAACCGUG